GCGGAGCUUACUGACUGCAAUUAACCCCUCUGCUCUGCAUUGCAGCACUUGGGGGUGGAAGGGAGUCGGAUAUGCCCUGAGGUUCCGAUGCAAACAGCGCUGGGAAGCCGGCAGAUCGGUAUCAUUCUAUUUCAGAAAUAAAACGCCUUUGCUUAAAAAAAGCCAGCAGGCGUGUGGUUCAUGAUUUGGAUUACAUUUUGCAACAUGCUAGGAUUAAGAGUCGCAGUACAUGUUGGAUCUCCUGAGAAAAUAAAGGGAGCUCAACUAACAAUCAGAUUUCUUAAACUAUUUUUGACAGACUGCAAAAGUGUUUUUAUCUUAUAAUGGAGGGACAGGAACUUUCUUAGCCUGAUUAGGAGCUAGAAAGACAGAAAAUAGACAAGGAAAGAGAAAGUGGGUAGCGACACAAGACAGUGUGAUCCCCAAUUGGAUAAACAUAUAGCUCUAUAUUAGGGAUAUCCUUCUUAAGAUACUAUUUUAUGCCAGGUGAAUUUUUCCAGCAAAGAUCUUCUUGCAUCCUUUUAAAAGAUUUUUCAUCUGAUCUGAAUGUAGAGGGGCAAUUGGUUUGAUAAAAUUCUAGUUGGUAUCCACCAUGCUAGGCUGUCUGUCUAUUGACAGGAAAAACUUAAAAAACAACAAAUAGUCCUAGUAGCACCUUAAAGACUAACAAAACAUGUAGAUGGGAUCAUGAGCUUUUGUGGAUGCAAAUAGAUAUGCCACAUAUCUAUUGACAAACACCCAACUUCCCUCUAUUUUUCUCAUUUUUGGAAACAAGUUUGACAACUCAAAAAAACCCCUUUAUUAUUAUUUUUUAGUGUUAGUAUUGAAUCCCACAUUUUUUUCUGCACUAUAAUUCAAAUUUUUUAAGUUAAAGAUUUCCCACUGGAUCCACUUUUUUUCAAAAUGUAAUUAGGAAUUUCUUAACUUAGAAAUGGGAUGGUUUGCUUUUAUUUUAGAUUUUGACUGUGGUAUCUUCUUUCCAGAUUGUAUCUCAUGGGAUGUGAGAUUAGGAUAGAAAUUUUUUUAAUAAAACAACAAAUUACAGUCCAGUUUACUACUUUGUUCUAAUCUAAAAGUGCUCCUGGUCGAGACAGAUCUAUAGAUAGAUGCUGCCAUGUUCACAGGCUUGCCACAGUCCUAUCACCCUGUGUUCAUCUCAUGUGCUGGUCUCUUGCCAUCACAUAUGGCUGAGCAAGAUGGUGGGAGGGGAGGGCCUGAUGCAAUGUUCUGCCUAGUUACUGGGUAGUGGUAUUAACAUAAUUUCUGUAAUUUCUCUCUCCCAUCCUCAAGUUUGUCCAGUUCCCUUUGGCUGCCUCCUAUAGGCCUCUCCCAUAGCCCUUACCCAACACCUUGCCCUGUCCGUCAGUCCCAGCCCCAGAAUCCUUUGUCCCAUACUGAUUCCCUCUUAAAUACCUACCAUUCCAGCUCCAUACAAACCUGUCCCAUCCCCGUUCCAUCUCAGGCCCCUGCUCCCUCUUUUCUCCACCCCAUACCUGGCACCAAAGUCCCCUGUUCCAUCCUCCUUCCAUCUAGUAUCCACACCCCAGUCCCAUGUGCAGCCCCUCCUCACACUCCCAUACCCCACUCAAUCUGAUCCCCUGCCCUGUUCCCCCAUUCUUCUUCUAUACACCCCUGCCCUCUAUCUCUCCAUCCCAUAUUCAACCUUACACCAUUCUCUGUCCUCACCCCAUUCACCCUGUGCCCUGAUGCCACUACCACUUUCACUCUUCCCCCCAGGGCAGGUAGCCCGAGUCUGCGAGGCCCUGCAGAAGAGUGGGGAGUUUGAGCGUCUGGCACGGUUCCUCUGGGCCCUGCCACCUGCCCUUACUUUCAGGUGCCACCUGGCCUCUCCUUGGGUGCCAGCCUGUCCCAAGCUGCUGGGCUCCCACACCUCAGCUCUUUUGGUACCCAAUUGCAGCCAGGCCUCACCCUAUGGGGCCCAAGGAACCCUGGGGGGUCUGGACCAGCACUCAUCAUGCAGGAGACAAUCCUCCACCUUCCCGAAGAGCAACAUGCAGCACAAGGCCAGCAGCUUCAAGGAGAAGACACGGAACCUGCUGCGGGAAUGGUACCUGCAGGACCCCUACCCCAACCCCUCCCACAAGCGCCAGCUGGCCCAUGCUACUGGCCUCACCCCUACUCAGGUGGGGAACUGGUUCAAGAACCGCCGGCAGCGGGACCGUGCUGCCUCAGCCAAGCACAGACUCCAGAAAGAUUCAUCGUUCCAGCCAAGUGGGGCUGCCCAGCCUGCCAGAACGGAGAGUCAGGACAUCAUGGGCGUGAGUGACACUCCAUCUCUGCAGGAGCACAGCAGCACCCCGGGCAGGCAGACAUAUCCCAGCUCAGCUGACAGCGACAGCAGUCUCUGAACAGAAGAAAGAGGUUACUUACCUCGUAACUGUAGUUCUUCGGGUUGCUCAUGUCCAGUCCAAUUAGGUGUGUGCGCGUCGCGUGCACGGAUCUCGCAGUACCCUUAGGGCCAGCAGGGAGCCCCCUGGAGUGGCGCCAGUAUAACAGCGCAUAUAUACCCCUGCUGGCCCCUCCAGCCCCUCAGUUCCUCCUUCCCGCCUGUGCGGCAGUUGGAGCCUUAGACUUUGUCUUCCCUUAGAUAGUUGUUACUGUGUUUGUAAAUAGCGUUAAUUUCAGUAGUUACCCUGUAAAUAGUUGGACAAUAGUUACCUUCCCCCUCCCCGGCUGGGGAUGGGAUGCCAGGACCACAGGGUUUUAAACCCUGCCAGUCCUGCCUCAAACCUAAGCCCUGUGGAGAUCCUCGUGUCUCCUGCUUAAAGUGCCUUGGAGAGGCGCAUUGUACCCAAACCUGCAAGAUCUGCAGGGGGUUUAAACCGAGGUCAAGGCGAGAGAGGGACUCUCACUUGAAGAGAUUAUUAAUGGAGUCCUCCCUGCAGCCUCCGGCACCGGAGGACAGUCAGUCGGCGCACGAUGCCACUUCUGUGGAGCGGGAAGCUCCCUCUGCACCGACCAAGGUGAAGGCUAAGCCCUCCAGGCACCGGUCGCAAUCUCCCUCGGGGAAGGGAUCUAAGGACCGGAGGGGCCGUUCCCCUCACAAAACAAGCUGCAAGGUGCGCCCUAAGGAGGGGCACUCGGCUACUAAGUCCCAUGGCCAGUCACGGCAAGAUGGGGACCAGACCGAGGCCAUACCGGCACUAGGGACAGAAGGAACCCUGCUGGAUAUGCAGCCCUCCACCCCAGAGGCCUUUCAGGCUGUAUGGGACCUGAUAGCCUUAACGGCUGCUGACAUUUCAGGGUUCCCUCUCCCGGCACUGAGCAGGGCACUGGCCUUCCCAACCACAGGUCCCUUUGUCGCCAGCACAAUUGUUAUGGCAACGUCCCCCAGCGACUCUGAGCGCGACGGAGAUGGCAUCGGUGCCGAUUUUGCAGACUGAACCUGGUGCAGGCGCCGACGUUGACUUUAGCCCCUCUGGGGCUCCCAGCGCCUCCAGGUUCGGCAACAGCAAGAGCUGUCUCGGCGCACACAGCGCUGGAUUCGACACCUCCCUUGCAGACGCCCCGAAGGGUGGCAGUGGCACUGGGCGUUGAAAUGCCUCCGGUGCAGGCAACGGCACCGCUGCUGGGAGCGUUCCCAGCGACUGGAGUGCCCCCAAGACAAGUGCAGGCGCAUGUGCACAAAGUAGCCCCAGUGCAGGCAUUGGCACCGGGGUUUGCAAUGCUCCAGCUGUGGGCAAAAGCACCACCUUCUGGAGGUACCUCGGUGCCAACAUCACACUGCAUGCCACGGCACCGCUGAUCAGAGUGCCCCCGGGGCAGGCAGCAGCACCGGUGUUGACAGCUUCCCAGGAGCACAGCAGCACCCCCGGCAGGCAGAAAUAUCCCAGCUCAGCUGACAGUGACAGCAGUCUCUGAACAGAAGAAAUCUGCAACUGGCCAGGGGUGGGAAGGGGUCAUGGAUUUCCUCAGUCCCACACUGCCCUAGGAUGAUAUUCAAGAAUGUGACCUGUAAUGGGAUCCAUCCAGCACACACAGGACAAAGAUUACCUGUAUAAGCAAAGUCUGAAUGAGCUUUCCUCUAACCUCUAGCAAUGAGCCAACAUGAAAAGAUUUCAGGAGGGGACUGUAUUUGCAUAAACACACCUACUUUUCCUAGGCACACAGCGUGAUGGAGCUGCUUUGCCAAAGUUUUGGCUAGGGUUGGGUUACAAAUCACUUUAUUGAAUGCAGAUCUAAUGAAAUGCUGUUACCCUCAUUAUAGAAGUAAAGGUUGCAGAACCAUACUUAGCCUGCCCUGAUUUGAGGGGAUCACUGAGUCUCACUUGUUAUGCAGGGAUAGGGAUACUAAAGAGUUGGACAGGAGAGAGAAUGUGGGAAUGAGUGUUUAUGUUUGGUAGUGCAGGGUCUUGCUAGUGCGUCCUAUGCAUUAUUUGAUACUUUUCUCUGUACUGUUUAAAGGUAGAGCUGAUUAGAUUAUGUUGCAAAUCCUUGUCUUGUUCAGUGAUCGGUAGAGAGAAAUCAUGGAUAACUAGGUGCUGAAUCUUAGAUCUGGGAUGUGGCAGCGAUGCACUGCAAGGCCUGCACUAGAAGUGGGGUUCCACCUAGGGUUGCCAGAUACCUUGACAGAAAAUCCCAAACAUGGUGGGGGAAAAAAUUGGGAAGGGGAAACCAAACUUGUUGAGGGGAAAAAAAAGUGGGAGGGAAGAGACCAAACUUGUUGAGGGGAAAAAAGUCACUGUGCAUUUAAAUUCCCAUGCUCCCCACUCCCCCGCCAGCCGUGGCAAGGGAAAAAUGUCCCUGCUGGCCUUCUGUCCAAGAAAAACAGAAAAUACCGGACAUUGUUUUUUUUUUUAAUCCAGACAGACUGUCCGGGCAAAAACCAGACACCUGGCAACCCUAGUUCCACCCCAUUACAAUCACCAAGCGCUAUGGCAUGUGAUAAAAUGUGAUAUUCAUUCUGAUGCAGUAACAGUGGCACAGGGGGUAGUGAUUGUCUAGUGGAAACUAGAAACUGAGCCAAUUGCAGUGGAGCAGACGGAAGCAGAGGUAUUGCCUGACACUUAUGGGGUGAACUCAUUGAACAUACCUCAAUUAUGGGCCUUUAGUGAUGAAAGACAGUAAAGAGAAAGAGGGGUGCAGUAGUGGGAGGGGCGAGUGGUGUGUUUUGAGUACUGCCCAUUCCCUCCUGCACAGUGCCAAAAGGCUGCUGCUUGCCAUGUUCUGGUGUGAACUGCAACACAUCUGGGCAGGGGGGCCUGUGAUCUGCAUACCUCUCCCCCAUGUUGCCUUGAGAAGACAGUGCCAGGUAUCAGGAAAAGUGAGUCUGCCCUGGGGCCCCAGCCUGGUAUGGAAGGUGGAGAGCAUUGGGUAGGGAGGAUUGGGUCAGGUUGGCCAAUCACCCACAUCCUCAUGUGAGAGAGGCGUGUCACCUCUCCCCCUGCAAACCUUAAAGAUCAGAAGACUCCUGCUGUGCAGCAUUUUUUAUCAGGGCUCAGUCAACUUGACAUUAAUUUGAACUUUUGUACUGAAUAAUUCUGAUUGAUUGGCAUUGAACUAGCUUGAAGAGGAGAAAUUUUACCAGGUGUCCUGUAUUCAGCAUAGGAUGCCCCUAUUUCCCUGUGUCCAACCAGGUCAAAUCAGGCCUUACCCCAUGCGCUGAGGCAUUUCCAGAUUCAUUAUCUGCCUAGGGGUUUCCAUUAAUUGCUCCUUCCUUCUCUCUCUCCCCACAGUGGUCUUAGUUACAGCAGAACAUACCCAUAGGGCCAGAAUACAAUUCACCAGCUACAUGAACACAGACAGUCUUCAUACCAUUAGUACCAUGGUCUGGUGAGGCCAAGAGAAGGGCCAGCUGUAGACCAAACCUCCCCCCGCCCUUAGACACAUGUGCAGUUGUUAAACUUUUGAAUACUUCUUUCUAAAAAUUGCAUUUGUAUCCAUUUUAUGACAUAUGCGGAAUCUGCAUGCAUUAUUUAUCCCUGUCAUAUAUGAUAAAUUAGAAUCCUAGGAUAUGCAAAACUAUUUAUUCAUGCUGUACAUGAACAAAUAAAACUUGUUUCCUCUAAGUUUAUAGAAAUUUUAAGAGUAUCUGAAAUAUACUAUUAAAUAUCUGAAGUAUGACAGUCUUAGAAUGUUAACCAUGGUCCUUUAGUUCAAAUGGUCAUUUUUAUCAUCUUUGCCCUUGCAAACUGAAGCACAGCAUCAGAGCCAUCCAAAUUACACAAAACAACUUUCAUACUUACACAAUAUCACAGCUGGGUUCUCACUUCACUUCAUAAGAACGGCCGUACUGGGUCAGACCAA